GGAGCAGAACGCAACGUAUAGGAGUAGGGUGAAUAAUCCGAGGACAUUUCGUAGUUUACUUAAAUAUUUUUUAGCUUGAACAUUAAAUCCUAUCCACUUAUUUUUAGAUUAACUAUGCUUAUAUCAGUAGUGAUUGAGUUUUAACGGGAGAACAAUGUGCGACAAUGUGGACAACAAUCCGUUCGCUGGAUUGUUUUCAACUAUCAACGAUGCCGUGUCAUUCUCAUCGCAAAAUCAGACUAUUAUAAAGGAAAAUAACGAAAUCGAUUACGUUACGAAACUUGAGAAUAUAAAUGUACACGAUAGAACCAAAAUCACGAAUGUUGAAGGUUCGAAGGGUUCCCAAGACGAUGUGGUGGUUAAUCAUCUUUUCGCAGACGUGUUUGGAAUAACGUUACACGCUACAGGCACUGAUGUACACAAAAAUCAAAAAUUGGUGUUUAUCGACGUUGAUUCGAUAGAACAAGCAGUUUUUGAGCGAUUAAUGCUUCCCGACCCCGAGUCAAAAAUAGUGUCUUUUAAAGAUUCUCAAGAAAUUUCUGAUGAUUCUCAUGCACUAGAAAAGCAAGCAAUAUGUUAUUUAUUUCAAAGUUAUUGUCGUUUGCAACGCUAUCAGAAUGAGGAAGAACUUGGCGAUGUUGUCCAUAAAAUGCAACAAGUUAUUUUACAAAAUGCUGGAGUGGCAUUGCAGGAACCGGAUUUGUUCCAAGGACAAGAGAUUCACAAUCAGUUUAUUACAUUAUGUAAAGAUGAACAGGAGUUGAAAGCAGAGCUAACGUCGUUCACAGAAGGAAUUGUAAACAAAUUGCAAAUGGAAAACAAAGAGCAUGCCGUAGAUAUAAUUGCUGCAUCCUUUAGUCCUAUUCUUGAUAUAAUUCACAAGGAAGUAGCUCGGGCUAUUCUUAACUUUUUCCAUCAAUAUUGGUUCACAAUAUUAAAUAUGUUUUCUUCAAUAGAACCUUUAGCUAAACUAAUAAUCCAUCACAGUACUCCAAAGGGAAUAGUAGUCCAUGGUAAAGCUUACGCGGAUACAUUAUUGGGUGCACUUUUUAGUUUAAGCUGUUUGCCAAAAACAAAAGAUGAACCAUUCUAUUUUUUUCAAAAGUCGUUCGGACAGACUAACACCACCAUUGAAGACACUAUUUGGACUGCUCUGGAUACACUAAGUGAAUCUUUGCAUAAAGUCUUUCAUUUGUUGUUAAAACGUUCUGGUGAAAUUCGUAACUUAACACUCAUGUGGAUAGGCAAAUGUCUACGUUUAAACGCGAGUAGGGGUAAAAUUUCGAACACGCAGAACGAUAUGGGUCUGAACGGUAUGUUGUGUGUCUCCGAUGGGUUUAUGUUAAAUUUAGGAUAUGUAUUGCUGCGACUUUGUCAGCCAUUUUGCAUAAAACAAAAUCAAACAAAAGUGCCUAAAAUAGAUCCAACGUAUUGUGCAGUGGAGAUAACUGAAGAUGAUUCUUUGAACGAUGUUAUACAUUUAAAAGGAUUAUCCUCGGAAACUUGUUUAAUACCAACUUCAGAAGGCGGAGCCAGACCAGUCGCGAAAACAUUCAGUUUCACAACUGAAUGUUUUUAUCUAACUCACAGAGCUUUGGAUCUUGGUUACAGAGUAGUAUUAGAUAAGCUUAUAAGAGCAAAUCAGGAUUUGCUACAAAUCCAAAGAGUCUACGUGGACGCACAGAAUGGUGGCAGUUCUGAGGUAUUUGAAAUAAUAACACAACGCAUGGAGGAAGAAAUGACUAAGUAUUUAUCGUUAAAAGCAAGUUUGUUAGCCCCGGAGAUGUUAAAACUUUUAGCAAAAUUUCAUGCAACGACAGCGUUUUGGUUGGUACAAGUGUAUUUAAACAACGAGGAAGUCGCAGAGGAUAAAUCAUAUGAUUAUACUCCAAAAGAAUAUAUAGAGGUAACAUUUCCGUUACCGGAAACUGUUCCAGAUACUUUGAGAUGCAUUCCUGAAUUCGUUGUGGAGAAUACCAUUACAUUUUUAUGUUUUCCGUGCCGCAUGAAUCCAAAAGUUUUCGAGGAACAAGGCUCAUUCUUUUUAACACCUGUGUUGACAGAGAUCAUAGUACUGAUGGAAUCUCAGCAACGGUUAUAUAACCCUCAUUUACGUGCCCGGCUGGCAGAGGGUUUAGAAGCUCUUUUACCAAUGAAUGACAAAACUAUGAACCCGUGGAUGCUGAAUUUAGGAACAUUCCAGAGAGAACAAAUAUUUGUUACACAUCCCUAUAGACAACAUAUAGUCCCUAACUUACUUAAAGUAUUUGUAAGUAUCGAAAUGACAGGACAAAGCGUGCAAUUUCAGCAGAAGUUUAAAUAUCGUCGACCGAUGUAUAUCGUAAUGGAAUAUUUGUGGAAACUUCGAGAACAUCGUGAUACUUUUAUUGCUUUAGCUGAGGAAGCAGAAGCCAAUAUGGAAGCAGCUCAACCGCCAUUGUUUCUGCGUUUUAUAAAUCUUUUAACGAACGACGCGGUAUUUUUAUUAGACGAAGCACUUUCGAAUAUGGCCCAAUUAAAACAAUUGAUCCAGGCAAGGGAAAGCGGAGAAUGGAACAGAUUACCGCAACACGAACGUGACCAGCAAGUUCGGUAUUUGCUUGAUCUCGGAAUGAUUGCUAAAUUUGAUAAUAUAUUGGGGAAGAAAACAAUAGAAACGUUAAAGAUGUUGACGACAGAGAUAAAAUCGAUCUUUUGCCAUCCGACAAUGGUUGAUCGUAUUGCUUCGAUGCUUAAUUACUUGCUGCUUCAAUUAGUUGGACCGAAUAAAAAGAACUUGAAGGUGAACGAUCAAAAGGAAUACGCGUUUGAUCCAGCAAAUUUGGUGCUGAAUAUAUGCGAGAUUUAUGUAAAUCUUAGUCAAGUCGAAUCAUUCACACUGGCAGUUUCUCAGGAUGGUCGAUCAUAUAGACCUGAGCUGUUUCAAUUGGCUGACAAUGUUCUGGUUCGUAUUGGUGGUGUGGGUAUACUAGGUGAUUUGAACCAGUUCGCGAAAAACGUAGAAGCAGCCGCGAGUCAAAAGAGAGAGGAGGAGGAAAUACUGAUAGAUGCUCCUGAAGAAUUUCUUGAUCCUAUCAUGUCUACUCUGAUGACAGAUCCUGUAGUUCUACCAUCCUCAAAGAUAACGAUCGAUCGCCAGACCAUUGCAAGGCAUUUGCUGAGCGAUCAAACAGAUCCAUUUAAUCGAUCUCCUCUCACAAUGGAUAUGGUACAAUCAAACAUUGAACUUCAACAUAGAGUUCAAGAUUGGGUAAAGAAGAAGAAACAAGGAAGAAUGAAAAAUUGUCAAUAAUCAUUGGACAAGUAUAAAGGAAAAUUAAAAAUUUCACAAUUUUAAGAAAAAAGGAUAUAUAAUAAAUAUGUACACAAUAUUGACCUAUGACCUUUCUCAGACAAUGAGAAAGAAAGAAAAACACCGUCUAAUACAAGUCAAAUGUGUUAUACCUGUUGUUUUAAAUAGAUUUGUUUCGUGGCACAUACGGAGCAUAUGUUUUUGUAUACCAAUACUUCUGAUAAGUAUGUAGAAAUGUCAGUGUCGUUUUAUAAUUAGAGCCAUUAUAUAGAAUUUUAACGUUGCGGUUAGUACGAUAAAUCGUAUUCUGUAACAGAAUACAAUUAUGUAACGAUCUUUAUGUAAGACAACAUAGAACUAUAACAACGUUGUUACUACAUGAUACAUGUAAAGAAGAUACACUUUAUAAUGUUUCCUGCUCGUUUAAUCGACAUGAACGCUACUAACUUGAAGUAAAUUGCAAUAAAGGAGUCAUGGAUUUUACUGAUGUACAAGACAAA